GUUAAGUUUUUUAUUGUUUACCCGCAAAUAGAGGUAAAGUACUAUACAAUUCCCGGCCGAAAUAGCAAUUACCGACCUCGUUCAGUUUAAAAAGACUCGGCUGGCGUCUAUCCUUACAAAAUCACUUGAGAGGUAUUCGGCUUCGCCUCGGCAAUUAUUCGCUUUAUUUCAGGCCUGGACUGUAAUAGGUAGUUACCUAUUAGAUAACAGGUCCGUAAUUGUUGCGCGAGUUUUUUCGUUCAAUCAAUGUACAAUAAAUAAUCGAUAAUCAUAUAUAAUUAAUCAACGUAAAAUAUAAUAUCAAUCAUAGUACAAUUCUUUUGUUUUAUUCCGAAUAAAAAUCUUCCGAUUUAUUCCGAUUUUUAGCUGACCAAUUUAACGAUAUUUAAUUUUAGACUUUUGUCUGCUUGCAACACUAAGUAGCACCGCCAUUGAGUUUAAAACUCUCGAAAUUAGACUUCCAUAUUGUGAUUUUCACGUGCUAUUUUUAAAAAUUAGUAAAAAACCCUUUAAAAAUGGCAGAAAAGCAAGAAGAAGUUGAGCAACAAAAACUUCGUCGGAUCCUAGAAGACGACGAUGAGUUCCCGGAAGAAGCAUCAGACACAGAAGCGGGCUCACAGCCUGAUAUACAAGAAAUCGAGGAAGAAAUGUGGGAGUCCGACUGGGAAGUUGACCACGUCGAAGACUCGUUCACCAGGGCGUUAGAUGAAGAGGUCAAGAAAAUCCACGAAGAUUCCAAGAAAUCCAAAACGAUGAAAGAAUCCGAAAAAGAAGAAAUGAAAAAGAACAAAGAAUCCGAAACGAACAAAGAAUCCGUAAUGAAAAAGGAAUCCGAAACGAAGGAUAAUAAAAAAUUACAUAAUAUGUAA